AUGUGGCUCACAUACACCAAGAGAAAGACAAAGGCGCUCUACUUUGUCCAGUCAGAGUUUCUGUUUCUUAUUCAGAUCGGAAUGCUUCUUUCCAUUGGCAGUGCUGUUACAUUAGCUCUGAGCCCUUCAAGUGCAACUUGUGGAGUCACCAACUGGAUAGCAAGUCUUGGAUACGUCCUUCAGCUCAUUCCUUUGUUAAUCCGUAUAUUGGCAAUCAACCAACUGGCUGCCUCUGGCAAGCAAAUGCAGCGAGUCCGAUUAAACAUCUGGAUGUUGUAUGGUUCUGUUGCAGCAACUGCAGCACUUUUGGUCGUGUUCUUGAUUGUAUGGACACUGGUUGAUCCACCACAAGAACAGCUGCAGUACGAAAUGACUGACUUUGAAACCCCAAAUGGGGAGACCAUUGUUCAUGUCUAUGACUACUGCUGGUCUGAAAAUCAGUUUUGGUAUUAUAUUCACUUUGGCUGGAAGGCUGUGAUCUUGCUCCCAGCCUGCCUGAUUGCCUUGCUGGCAUUGCGGGUGAAGGAAGAUUUGAAUGAUACAAGGAAUCUUGCUGCAGUGCUGUUCAUCAGAGUCUUGUUUCUCAUUCUGAUGGUCUCUGCAGGAGUUUUGGCUCAGGACAACAGAUCUGACCUGAUGGGAUACUGGAGCCUUCUGGUCAGUCUUGACACUAUUGCAUCCAUAAUAAUCUACAUGCUCCCCAAGUUCUGUGACAGCGGGGAGAAGCUUGAGGCUGACCCUUUGCCAGAUGUGUUUGUUCACACCACCGUGGCUCUUCUCGAUAUUGUGGGUUUCACAGCAUGGUGUUCUGUCAGGGAGCCCGUACAGGUUUUCCAGUUCCUUGAACAGCUUUUCCAGAACUUUGAUAAGAUUGCUGAAGAUAAUGGGGUGUACAAAGUUGAAACAGUCCGGGAAUCUUAUGUCGUAGCAACAGGUGUACCGAAGCCUCAGUCAGACCAUGCAGUUCUUAUGUCACGAUUCGUCUACCAGUACAUGAAGAAGAUGCCCAAGUACUUGAGAAAACUUGAGAUUCAAUUUGGACCAGACACCUCAGACAUGUCACUUCAAGCAGGUUUACACAGUGGUCCAGUAACUGGUGGAUUUCUGAAGGGCAAAGGUAGUCGCUUCCAGCUCUUUGGUGAUACAGUUUCUACUGCAAUUCUGAUUCAGAAAUGCAGCACCAGUGGAGGAGUUCACUUGUCGGAGGAGACAGCUGCUUUGCUGGUGAAGGCUGGGAAGAAAAGAUGGGUCUUGGAGCGAGAAGACAAGGUGGAAACCAUUGAGAAGGGCGACAUGAAGACAUUCUGGUUAGUCAUAGGUGGCCUCGGGUCUGGCAUGAAAUACAUGGAACGCCAUGAGUUUACUAGUUUUACUAGCAAUGCACUUAUGACCAUUGGUGUUGGUGACAGUGAUUCGGAGGGUGACGAUGGUGACCUUGCAUCCCAGGAAUGCCACAUCGAGUGGAAUGUGGAAGUAUUCACAGGACUCCUCAAGCAAAUAGUGGCAAGAAAAGCAGCAUUGAGCAAAGGUUCCAGUCCCGGCUUUGAUUUAAACCUUUGUCCUCUUCCCACAAUGCCCCUGGUGGAAGUCAAGGAGAUAAUUGAACUUCCGAAGUUUGACAGAAAAGCUGCAAGGCGGCAACGUGAGCACAUGAAUGCUGAAGUUCCUGAAGAAGUUGUAAGACAACUCAGGCAGAUCAUCACUGAGAUUUCAGAUCUUUACAAUGACAACCCUUUUCAUAACUUUUCACAUGCAAGCUAUGUUGUUAUGGCCAUUUCAAAGUACCUCCAUCGCAUCAUUGCUGCUACAGAGGUUGACUUGGGAAAUACUGAGGAUCGUUUAAGGAGCAGCAUCCAGGCAGCGCUCCAUGACCAUACUUAUGGGAUCACCUCCGAUCCCCUUACCCACUUUGCCUGUGUCUUUUCAGCUCUCAUUCAUGAUGUUGACCAUCCGGGUGUCCCAAACUCCCAGCUCAUCAAAGAAAACAAAACUGUUGCACUAAAGUACCAGAAUCGGUCCGUGGCAGAGCAAAAGUCCCUUGACAUUGGUAUGGCCUUGCUCAACGAGGAUCGCUUUGCCUCGUUGAGAGCCACUAUAUGUGCGGGCCCUGAGGAAGUCCAGCGAUUCCGAGCAUUAGUGGUGAACAGUGUCAUGGCAACAGAUCUUGGGGACAAAGAGCUCAAGGCCCUCAGGAAUGGACAUUGGGAGAAAGCCUUUGCCAAUAGUGAUACCAGUACCGAUGUCAGCUCAACUGUUUCAUCAUCGAAUUCUGUGGAUGAAGAGUACCAGAAACCAGGGCACGAGAAGCAAGAAGCUAUCAAUCGGAAAACCACCAUUGUCAUUGAGCACUUGAUCCAGGCAGCCGAUGUUGCACACAUGUCGCAGCAUUGGAAGAUUUACAGAAAGUGGAAUGAGCGACUCUUCCGAGAGACAUACAAGGCUUACAGAGAAGGCCGUGCAGCAACAAAUCCAGCAGAUGGUUGGUACAAGGGCGACAUUGGAUUCUUUGACUUCUACAUCAUUCCUCUGUGCCAGAAGCUGAGCGAUUGUGGUGUCUUUGGUCCCACUAGUGCCGAGAAUCUCAACUAUGCUACAAGCAACCGCAACAUGUGGGUCAAGGAAGGAGAGGCCAUUACAGCUGAAAUGCUGGCGAAGGUGGAACAGGAAUACAUGCAAGAACAGGCAGUGCCUGCUGAUGAGUUGGUUGAGGUGUGA